AUGAACAUCUCCUUGUGGAAAGAUUCUUUAGAAAAGGCAGGUUUGCUAGGAAAAUACCGCGACGUAUUACACGGUUUUGAACAUGGUUUCGAUCAAGGGAUACCAGACCAUAGAAUCCCCGGUGUGUCAUGGUACACACCAAACAACCAUCUGUCAGCCAGCCUAGCAGUAAACAAAAUAUUGUCGUCAAUGGAGAAAGAAUUAGAAGCUGGGCGGAUGUUUGGACCCUUCUCCCACAAAGAAGUAGCACAAAAAUUCAGUUUUUUCCGGACAAGCCCUUUAGGAGCAGUCGUGAACGGGGACGGAUCCGUCAGACCCAUCAACGAUUUAUCAUACCCACACAGCGAUCCGGGGGUGCCGUCCGUUAAUUCAUUCGUGGAUAAAUACGAUUUCCAAACAACUUGGGACGAUUUCAGUACGGUAGCCAAGUUUUUCAAAUCCUUGAAAGAACCGGUACAGUUGGUGCUUUUUGACUGGGAGAAGGCCUAUAGGCAGAUCCCUACUCACCCAUCUCAAUGGCCUUACUUAAUGGUAAAAGGCGUCGACAACAAUUUAUACCUCGAUACAAGAAUAACCUUUGGAGGCGUCGCCGGUUGCGGUUCUUUUGGAAGACCGGCAGACGCGUGGAAAGAUAUAAUGGGGUCAGAGUUUGACCUCAUCAGAGUGUUUCGCUGGGUCGACGAUAAUUUAUUCAUCAAGAGUCUUUCUUCAACUACAGACAUGACAGAUAUCAUUUCCAGGUCUAUAGAGUUAGGUGUGCUAACCAGCAAACAAAAAUGCACAAAUUUCUCAGACGAGCAGAAAUUUAUCGGAUUUCUCUGGAACGGAAUGUCGAAAACAGUCCGAUUACCACAAGAAAAUCUGGAGAAAAGGAAAGAACAGAUAGAUAUAUUCUUGAUCAGAACACGCAAAUUCUCUUUUAAUGAAGUAGAAGUCUUAACAGGAAGACUGAACCAUGUGACUUACAUGUUACCACAACUUUGA